CUGGACCUGGGAAGCUUGGUGUUCCUAAGGGUAGUGUUCACCGGGAAUGGCUGCACAGGGAGCGGAAGCGCAACUGCUACUCAGCGUGGGGCUGAUUGAGAGGGACAGUAAUGGCGACACGCUGUGGGUCUGGGGUUACCCGUCUGUCACCGGCGAGCUCCGGGAACUCCUGCUGAGGAAAUGCGGCCUCCGCGAAGAGAAUCCCCCGCCGCGCGGCCUGCUGUACGGCCGGUACAAGCGCACCUGGUUCUACCUGACGAGCGUGCGCGUGUCGGACCAAUCCCCGCUGGACAAGGUCACGCAUUUCUGCGUCGUGCUGACGGCCAAAGACUUUAACCCCGAGAAAUACGCAGCGUUCAGCCGGACGCUGUGCAGGACGUAUGAGAAGCAGGGCAGCCCCGUCCCGAUGCUGGAGAGCUACAUCUCCGUCCUGACCCGGGGGUCCUGCCGCAGCGAGGACAACGGGACGUUUCUGUGCCGCGACUACGAGCAGAGAGCGGCUUUCCUGUCUGGGUCCAUUAAAGACGUCGUCUCGCAGUUCGGGAUGGAGGCCGUUAUUCUCUAUACUGCCGUGAUGCUGAAGAAGAGAAUCGCCGUGUACCACCCCCGACUGGAGGCCGCGCAGGAAUUCACCAGGGCUCUCCCUGCGUUCGCUUGGCAUCGCCAGGACUGGUCCAUCGUUCACCCAUACGUGCAUCUAAACCCGGAGGAGCUCGAGGCUCUGAAGAGCUGCCCAGGUUCUAUAGGCGGAUUCCAUGACCCCGAAAUAAGCAACCGACCCGACCUGUACGACGUGUUCGUGAAUCUGGCCGAGGGCAGCAUCACCGUCUCCCCCAACGCGAAAGAGGCUCUGACGAUGGGCAAACUCCACAAGGACAUCGGGCAGCUGAUCGUGUCGUUGGCAGACGACCCAGAAGUGUCCGACGCUCAGGUUAUUAAGGAUAUAAGCGGCAAGACGCGGGAAAUUCUGUCUAUUUUAACGUCGUUUGCUGACGAUGCCCCCGCGGGCGAGAAGCCCACCGUUAACGUGGAGCGGCUGAGGCAGAAACGGCUGCCGCCGGCUACCGAAAACUUCCUCUUCCACCUGGCGGCCGCCGAGCAGAUGCUGCAGACGUGACGGGAAUUUGGGGACGAGCCGCAGGCGAGUGAGUCGUUAACCCGGAGCGCCAUCCCCCGGAGACCCCCUCAACUGCCCCUGAAGGGGUCGCACACAACUGAAGGACUUUUAACCCUUCCAGCGCCAUCUGUACAUGGCAAAGCACUUUUCCCGGGUAAGGGUCCAGCUGCGUUCGGUCCGUAAAUGAUUUCUUUUAAAUCGUUAACUUCUUGCGGUAAGAUUCAGAUCUCUGAUCGGUAGAACGUGAUUAAUACGACCCCAGCGCCUUGCGGCGUUAGGAACCUGGCGGCUUUUUGUAGCGAGGACGUCUGCGUUGAAAUAAACCGUUGCCUCUGCUGUUGCCUCUCU